AAAAACCCUAGGUGUGCGGACGAAAGGGAGCCACGCAGAAGGUUACAACAGGUCAGGAAUAAAUAACCACCAGGCGGAGGAUCCCAGAUUCCGUCCUUCCUUUUGUUGGAUGAGGAGUGCCAGGCAAACGCGUCCACAAAGGCUUCGGAAGGAAGCGGCUCGCCUGUCCACACCCGGCUCCUGCCCCGGUAGUACAGGCAUGGAUGGGAAGAAAUGCAGCGUAUGGAUGUUCCUACCUCUUGUAUUUACUUUGUUUACUUCAGCUGGAUUGUGGAUAGUAUACUUCAUAGCUGUGGAAGAUGACAAAAUUUUACCAUUAAAUUCAGCUGAAAGGAAACCUGGUGUGAAGCAUGCACCAUAUAUAAGCAUUGCAGGUGAUGAUCCUCCUGCAAGCUGUGUGUUUAGUCAAGUUAUGAACAUGGCGGCCUUCCUAGCCCUUGUGGUAGCUGUUCUGCGCUUCAUACAACUGAAACCGAAGGUUUUAAACCCGUGGCUGAAUAUUAGUGGAUUGGUGGCGCUGUGUCUGGCUUCCUUCGGAAUGACCUUACUUGGUAAUUUUCAGCUCACGAAUGAUGAAGAAAUCCAUAACGUCGGAACUUCCUUGACCUUUGGAUUUGGCACGUUGACCUGCUGGAUCCAGGCUGCGCUGACACUCAAAGUCAACAUCAAGAAUGAAGGACGGAAAGUUGGAAUUCCACGAGUUAUUCUGUCGGCGUCUAUCACUCUCUGUGUGGUCCUCUACUUCAUCCUCAUGGCCCAAAGCAUCCACAUGUACGCAGCCAGGGUCCAGUGGGGCCUGGUCAUGUGCUUCCUGUCUUAUUUUGGCACCUUUGCCGUGGAGUUCCGGCAUUACCGCUAUGAGAUUGUUUGCUCUGAGUACCAGGAGAAUUUCCUAAGCUUCUCAGAAAGCCUGUCAGAAGCUUCUGAAUAUCAGACUGACCAGGUGUAACCCAUCAGAUUUUCCUUGCUGGUGAGGUGGGUGUGACGGUGGGGGAGGGGCCAGUAGGACACACUCACGGGACUUGACACAGAACCUCAUUUCUCAAACACACACACACACACACACACACGUUCAUGGCCACAUUUGCCAAAUGAGCUUUUCAGGGCGAGUUAUUUCUUUAAUGAAAAAGCACAAGCCCUUAUGUGUCGACAUACACGCUGUUACACUGAAAAUAUAUGCACGACAGAGCAAGAAGCUUGUGCAUGAUCACUUCUUAUCCUUCCCCUUCCCAGCACUCCCUCCUCUUCCCAUUCUCUCCACAUGUCUCAAGCACCCUACUGAGUAGGGCAGGCCAAAUGUUCCUGGGGAGUAAUGCCAACUCCCGAAGUUGCCUUCAGGUCCAAAGGGCUUGGAACCAGCUCGUGAGAAAGUUCUGAAUCUGGCACUAAUAUUCUUGAAUGGAUAAUAGUGUAUCAUUGAAUAGGACAGAAAUUGUAUUGAGAUGUGACCCUGUGUCGCCUGUGGAAAGGCAUGGUGACUAGAACUUACCCACGAAAGCCCCCUUCGUUGUGGUUCAGUGGUCGGCUGCGUGGAUCCCAGGAGAGACAUGUGCCACAGACCGUGAAAGCAAAGCCCUCCACCAUGAUCUGGACUGGAUGCACUGUAACUGAGAAUGAUUUCCAAAUGUGAAUAUGUAUAGGGACGUGGUCUGCCAGGCCCGGAACAAGAAGGGGGCAGUGAAGGUAUGGUUUAGUGUUUGCUUUCAUAGUAUGCCAUGUACAAUGUUUUACAUUUCAUAGUUUAUUUUUCUUUUAAGUAACUACCAUGAGUCUCUCUAAGCCUCAUGGACAAAGAUGUAGACCAAAUGCAAGAGCUGAGCUUGCUUUGGGUUCAACCAUAAUCAAAGAAGAACAGAGGUCACCGGCAGGCUUACAUUGGAAGCUAUGAAAAUAUCACAGAAAAAUGGAAAGAAAUAUGGAUGUGCAGAGGUAAUAAAAAGAGCUGCUGCUGGACAUUUAUCAAA